AGAGGCAGAAACUUGGAAGCUGUUGAACUUGUUCUCUGUCUGCCUUCUCCCUGACAGCAUCAUGAAAGUCUCUGGAGCUGUUCUGUACUUGGUCCUCAUCAUUGCUGCCCUCUGCUGUCAGGUUCAUGCUUCACCCUAUGGUCCUACCACCCCAACUACUUGCUGCUUUGAGUUCACCAGUAAAAAGAUCCCUUCGAAGUUUGUGGUGAGCUAUGGGAUCACUGGCAGCAGGUGUUCCAAGGAAGGGGUGAUCUUUGUGACCAGACGUAACUUCGAGAUCUGUGCUGAUCCAAAUGAACAGUGGGUCCAGAACAUCAUCAAUGACCUGGACAUGAAGAAUGCCAAGACCCAGAGCCCAUGAAUCCUUCUUCACUUCCUCCUGCCCCCUGUCUAACCAGAAACCAAAGCAGGGAUGAAGAAUAAUUUAUUUCCCCCCUCCCAGAGCUGUUCUCUGCAAUUUUUUGAAAUAAUAUAAAUGUUUAGUAUUAUUUAAAUUAUUAAUGUUUAAAUUUAUGUGACAAAUAUUUGUAUCUUUGUUUCACAUAUACAAAAUGUGUAUGUGUCUAUAGAAACCCAAGAUGUUGAUAAAGAAUGAUUUUAUGGAAAAGAGUGCUACACUAUGGUUAUUGAAUUUCCAUAGAAAAUAUAUUUUUGUUUAUAAAACCUGA